AGAAACCCUGUCAGGGAGGAGCGUCUUGCUCUCAAACCCACAACAAGAAAACAGCAGGCAAGCAGUGGCCAGCCAGCCCUAAGUAGAAGGAAGAGACAGCAAGAUACAUGUUGUCAAGACAGCCAUGUCUACCUUUCUUAUUGGCAUUUUGACCGUCCUGUUGCCUCUUUUUCUAUUUUGUUUACUCCUUGAGCCCAGGAAAAGACGUCCCGGUGAGCCACCGUUGGAAGCUGGAUGGAUCCCGUUUCUUGGGGUGGCAUUAGAUUACGGCAAAAAUCCAUUGGCUUUUCUGCAGGAGAUGCAGAAACAGUACGGUAAUAUAUUCACAUGUAAAAUCGCAGGAAAGUACUUCACAUUCAUUACGGAUCCGUUUUCCUUUCCGGCUGUUGUUCGACAGGGAAAAAACUUGGAUUUUCAGAAGUUCGCCGUCGGCUUUUCACAGCGGGUCUUUGGUCAUGCUGAUCUCCUCGCACCUGCCUAUUACAAUGGCUACAGAGAGGUCCAUUCCAUAUUUCACCAGACAUUACAGGGGCCGUCACUCGCUCAGUUAGCUCAGAGUAUGCUGAGUAACUUACAGACGGUGUUGAGGCAGAAUCUUCCCAAGGGCGAGGGCUGGGAGGUGGAGGGACUUCAGAGUUUCUCCAAUCGCAUCAUGUUUGAUGCGGGAUAUUUAACCAUCUUCGGGCAGCAAGAUUCAGCGGGGCCGUUGGCAAAUACAGACGACACGCCGGCCAAGGCAGACAUGGGAAUGCGUCAAGUAGCUCAACACUUUUUGGUUUUUGAUCGGGCCUUCCCGGAGAUGGCGGCGGGACUGCCCAUUCACUUGUGCGUACGCGCGUGGCUGGCGCGCGAGGCCCUGGCGGAGAAGCUCAACCAUUCCCGACUGCAGCGCAAUCACAGCAUGUCUGCUCUCAUCCGGCGCAGGAUGGAUGCAUUUGACAACAUGCCGUUGGACGAGCGGGGGAAGGCAGGCACGCAUGUGUCCAUGCUCUGGGCCUCGCAAGCCAACACGCUUCCUGCUGCCUUCUGGAGCCUCUACUACAUGCUCAGUUGUCCACAGGCUCUGAGUGCUGCCCGUGCAGAGGUGGACCGUGUGGUGGAGCAGUCAGAUGACCCAGAUCAGCCAAUCAGCAUGUCAAAGGAACAGCUGGACUCCAUGUUUGUGUUAGGAAGCAUCAUAGAAGAAGCUCUGCGGCUAUCCAGUGCGUCCAUCAUGAUCCGGGUUGCCAGUGACGACUUCACCUUCACCCUGGACUCUGGCCAGACGGCCGCAAUCCGCAAAGGAGACUACAUUGCCAUGUACCCCCAGCUUAUACACAUGGACCCAGAGAUAUAUCCCAGUCCUACGGAGUUCCAGUUUGAUCGCUUCCUGGACGAGGCGGGGCAGAGGAAGACCCAAUUCUGCAAGAACGGCCGCCGCCUGAAGCACUACCUCGUGCCCUUUGGCUCGGGGGCCAGCGAGUGUCCUGGGAGGUUCUUUGCCAUGUGUGAAAUCAAGAUGUUCCUGGUGCUGCUGCUGUGGCACUGUGACAUGGAGCUGGCGCAGGCUAACGUCCGGCUCAGCACAGACUGCACACGGGCAGGGCUGGGGAUCCUGCCACCCACGCAAGACGUGCAGGUCCGCUACAAAGUCAGGCCCAGGCCCAGGAGCGGCACUGACACCGGCACCGGCACCACCUCCGGCCCACAGCAGGAGCAGCCAGCCAAUCAGGAGCAGUGACAGGGGUCAGCUGAGGUGACAGUACAGUGGGUACAGAACUGAAUGUGGCUAGAGACAUUCUGUGUUUCACAUAACACGUUCUGUGGUUUCAGAGCGAAAGCGACUAAUGUCACCAAGGUUGCUGAAGGAACGUUGGUAUGAAUUCUCUGUCUUCGUGCUUUAUUGUAUUAUUUGGUUUAUCUGGUCACAGAGGGGCUCUGGCUCAUCAACAUGAGAAAUUGGGCAAUUCGUUACCACUGAAGCAUGUCAUAGGCCUACUAGAUUGUCUUUUUCUCUUUCUUCAUCCAAAUUGUGUUCUUGCUGGUGGUGUAUUUGCCGUAGUUGGCCAAUCCUCAGACCAGAGAUAUGACUUCUGCCAUUUUGAUCUCUUGAGGUCACUCUGGUCUGAACAUAGAGUAAUGUGUUGAGGAUAAAAGAGUAGAAGCAGACAUGUCAUACAUGCGCUCACCACCAUCAACUACACACACACACACACACACACACACACACACACACACACACACACACACACACACACACACACACACACACACACACACGUAAAUGAGGGACAAAUGGGGGCAAAAUGGGGGCAGCAGUGGCAUAGUGGUUAGGGAGUUGGUCUUUCAAUCUGGGGGUUGUAGAUUUGAAUCCCAGCUGACCUCUCCCUGCACCUCCAUCCAUGGCUGAAGUGCCCUUGAGCAAGGCACUUAACCUCGCAUUGCUCCUGGGACUGCAACCAAGACCCUAAAAAAAUAAAUAACUGUGAGUCGCUUUGUAUGAAAGUGUCAGCAAAGUGUAAUGUAGUGUAAUAUUUUCUGAUGCUACCAGCUGGCACUAGAAGCAUGCUUACGCUAUGCUUGCGCUACGAUAAGAUAUUCAUGGUGAUUUAGUCAGUUGGCCAUUGACUACAUGUAAAUGUGCACCUGGUACAGACCAAAGUAACAUCUUUUUUAUUGGUUUUAAAUGUUCAGGAUGACAUGCCACCAUAACUGAUUCAAGAUGUUUGCAUGCCCUAUACAAGUAGUGUACCGGGCCUAGAGGCAAGAAAGCAUCAAUACAUUGAGUUAUGAAUUACCAAUAUAUAUUUUUGGAGAUGAUGCUUUAAUUGUAUGAUGAUAAACAUUAACAGGGGGCCAUCCAACUACAUUGUUGAAGUUCAACUUUUAUAAACUUCCCUUCCCAUUUGUACAUGCCCAGCAGGAACUAUUCACAUGAGAGGAUUGAGGUCAUGUCAUAGCCCUUAACUCUUUUGCCACGCUCUCCAAGUUGAUCGAGACAAACUGGUGAUGAGAGAGGCAUAGUCUAUGAAAUUAAUCUCAUUAACCACCAACCGAGAAUUUAAUGAUUGUGUGAACUCACCGCCGUUUGUUGUUUACACAACUUGUGAAAUGUUAUUAACACAACAUUGGCCCUCUUAACCCGCUUAAUGGUGUAUGAAUUAAGACACCAUUCGAGGCGGGUUAUUUGUUUUGAUAAGGGAAAAUAAUAUUUCAUUCAUCGUCAUGGGAUUAUGAAAAGAGACGCACGGUAGAGCGCGUGCCUAAGCAUGAUGCCGACAGAUGGCGAUCUUGCAUCACUCGAUAGCGGUGCCGUGUGAUGGUUACAGACUAUUUUUUAGAAGUAGCCUUAGCCUACCCAGCGUGAAAAAGAUUGGAAAGGGAAAUAAAGUUAUGCUCCCAUAGAAGUAUCAUUGUUGUAGCUUACAUUUGUACCAAAAUGAUGAAUUUCCCGUUCUUAUUCAUAGCUAGGGCUGUUUGGUGGGGUGCAUGGUGCCCUACUCUGUUCCGCAUGUCUUGAAUGAUGUCUAGACAAGACUGGCACAUUAAUAAUUUGUUAUCUUACACUACACUCUAUUACCCAAGUUAUGGAAAUGAUUGAUCAUGCGAACCAUUGAUCUUUUUAUGUGCUCCGCCAAGAUGGCAACGUACGCACGUGGUCAAAAAGUAGUCCUAUUAUCAUCACCCCAGUGGCAUGGGGCAAUGGAUAAAAGCUGAUAAAGAAAAACUUUGAUGACGCAUACGUCAUAAGUUGGAGCGACUGCGUUCGCGCUCUCUCACGUGAAACCAAUACCAGCAGCAAUCUGCUGAGUAGGCCUAGCUCUUGUUGGAUGUUACGCUUAUCCCCCUUGGACUUGGAUUUGGCGAGGUUCUCCUGGUGUGAGAAAUUGAGUAAAUAUAUCCCGAGUUAAUUAAAUUAUAUUACUCCUAUUUUAUUUUAAUAAUUAACCACUGAGCUUUAUUAGUGAUGCCUCUGCGCUUUCUCGGUCUUCGACGUUAUACCCGUAGACUACAGAAAAACUAGACGGUCCUGCGUUGCUUGGCAACUGACUCAUUUCUAUGGGUCGUGUGACUCGUGCUAGGCUGUAGAGUUGGGGGAGAAGGCUACGCUGUAUCCAUCCCACUCCCCUGCUUCCAACUGCUUCAGAUCAGAGAAGCACGAUUUCUACCACAAAAUGUGUGUUGUUGGAAGAUGAUUGGGGAACCUCGUGUGGGCUUUGGUGCUGUGACCCCAGACUGACUUGUGCUCUCAUUGACUGUCAUACGCAUGGAGAGCGCGCGCUGUCAGAGGCUAAUAACCUGCUUGCGCAUGCAACAGAUUACACGUUCAAUAGUCUAUUUACAAAGGUAGGGGAAUAGACGUACUUCCAGCUUCCUGGGUAAUUUAAUUUUGACCAUUAGAACACUUUGAAUCAGAGAACAGGAGAGUCCUGCCCCCAGUUAUCCAGACACAUAAUUGAGCGCACGGGUCGCUAUGGUGAUUCCAGCCUCUUUAUAAAGUGGUUUUUUUAAACAAUGGACAAGACGACAAGUGUUGAGAAGUUCAUUAGUACUUGCGUGUAUGAAUAACAUUUUACACACCUAAUAAACAUAAAUUAAUUCCCCCGAGCAGGUGGUAGAGUUGAGUGCGCGCUUGCGGUUUGGUGGGGGUAUUCUAGUGGGAAAGAUAGGCCUAUUGCAAUCUAGCGCUAGCACGCGUUAUUCGUCCCCCUUUACUGCCCGUUUAUUGGACUUAAUAGCACAGCAUUACUUUACUUACAACACACAAUGUUUGCAGAAUAAUGAUAUUGUGUUGUAACCGGAAAGGGUUUUCUUUGCAUGACUCCCUAACUUGAAGGUAUGCUGUGUCAGCCAGCAGGGGCGCUGCCAGAAAUGCUGGGCCCCAUGAAAGAUUCGAAUUUUGGGCCCCCUU